AUGAACUACAUGCUGACUCUGAUGGGGGCGGAAUCGGGCAAGCUUCCACUCUACAUAGCUGCUCUUGUUCAGUUGGUCAGAGAUAUGAAACUCAACAAAAAGACAUUCACGGUCGAGAAAUUCGGCAAAGAGAUCAACGAAUUCGGAUUGAGCGAGGCACAGAGGCAUGCACUUGCCCUUCGCAUGAACUUGUUGCGGUCGUGA